AUGAAGGAGAAAAAAGAAAAGAAGAAAGAGAAAGAAAAGAAAGAAGAGAAGGAGGAAAAGGAAAUGAAAGAAGACAAGAAGGACGAAAAAAAGAAGAAGGAAAAGAAAGAGGAGAAGGAGGAAAAGGAAAUGAAAGAAGACAAGAAGAAUAAGGAAAAGAAGAGGAAAGAGAAGGAAAAAGAAGAGGAGGAUGAAAUGAAGGACAAAAAGAAGAAGAAGGAAAAGAAAGAGGAGAAAGAGGAAAAAGAAAUGAAAGAAGACAAGAAGGAUAAAGAAAAGAAGAAAGAGAAGAAGGACGACAAAGAGGAGAAGAAGGAGAAAGAAAAGAAGGACGACAAAGAGGAGAAGAAGGAGAAAGAAAAGAAAGACGACAAAGAAGAGAAGAAGAAGAAAGAAAAGAAAGACGACAAAGAAGAGAAGAAGGACAAAGAGGAAAAGAAAGACGACAAAGAGAAGAAGAAGGGCAAAGAAAAGAAAGAUGAUGAUGACAAAACAUCAACCUCUAAGCCAAUAAAAGUGACAGUGAGCAAAGACAAAGAAACAAGCACCAGUACCUCCAAAGAUAUGGAAAAAGCCACCAAGACCAUUUCUUUGAUCUACACAAUAACAAAGCGCCAAUAUAUUCGUCAAUCUAUCUCAGCAUUGCCCUCAGUUUCCGAAAUUACCUCGACCGUGAUAUCCUCACUCGACAAGAAAUUUGGACAAGAUGAAGCAGACACUACGAAAGCAAUUGAAGGGUAUCUGUCAAAACAAGGUGAGGGCUUAACGUUUAAUAUGAGCUCAGAAAUUGCCAAGAUAUCGUCAAAAUUGGCCUCAUGUAGCAUUGGUACUGUAAGCGUUUUACCAGUCGUACCCAAACCUCCCAAAUAUGUGCUAUCCCUGAAUUUACCUUCUACAAAAAGCAAAAAUGAUAUAAAGGAAAAAAAAGAUAAGAAAGAUAAAAAAGGCUCCAGUGACGAAAAAAAUAAAGAAAAUAAGAGCGGAAAGAAAGACAAGAUUAAGGAUGAGGAGAAACAUCCUACCAAAAAAAGUAAACUAACAACGAACGAAGAAGAACAUGGAAUGCUAGAUGUUUUCAACUUCCUCAAAAAAAUACCAGAAGAUGAGAUUAAAAAUGAUUCGGGGAAGGAAAAUGACCAGAGCCCGGCCGUUUUCGUAAGCGGCGCCUUAAAAACAGGAACGACAAAGGAUAAAAACGAGUUGAGCAAUAGGAAAGUCAAGUUUUGGGGGUUCGUACAAAAUCUUCUAGAUGAAUAAGUAAAUAUAGUUUGA